UUAAAACUGAGUAUAUCAUAUCAACAAAUCAAACAGAAAAUUCUAACUUUCUUCCAGAUUGUUGUUGUUUAUAAGUUUUUUUAAAACUUUUUCGCUUUAAUGAAAUAAAUAAAUAUAAAUUUAUUUGCUCUAUUUUAACUUAAAUUAAGUGUUUACCUCAAUUCAUAAUGAUUAUAAAAUCGUUUUUUAGCAAUUUGCAUCUAUUUUGCAGUAAUACUGCUGCUAAAGCCUAUUAUAGGAAUUAUUCUGCUCCACUAAAAAGAUUUUAUAAAAAUGUAUAUGUUUCUGAAACUGAUGGUAAGUUUGAAAUAAGUCUUGAUAAGCGACGAUUAAAGACUCCAUUAGGGAACAAGUUUUUACUACCAAAUGAAGGAUUAGCAGUAGCUGUGGCAACAGAAUGGGAUACUCAACGAGAUGUUAUAGAACGUCAUAAUAUGCAUAUUACAGCAUUAUGUAACACUGCCAUUGAUAAUCCAUGCAAACUAUCUUCUGAAAAUAUUGCAGAAGAUAUAAUACAGUUUCUUUCUUCAGAUACUACAUGUUUUAGAUCUAGUGAGCCUUUAGAUUUUGCUGUUUUACAAAAAAAUGAGUGGGACCCAGUUUUAGCAUGGUUCACAAAUAGAUAUAAUGUUAAAGUAGACAUUUGUAAUGAUGUUAGUGGAGUUCCAGUUUCAGACCAGGCUUUGGCAGUUAUGAAGAAACACAUGUUAUCUUAUAACCCAUGGUGUUUAGUAGGCAUAACUUUUACAGUAGAAAAUUUAAAGUCACUUAUCUUGACAAUGGCUGUGAUUAACUACAACAUAGAUGUUGAAAAAGCAGUAGCCUUAUCUAGGCUUGAAACAUUGUUUCAGACUAAACAGUGGGGAACAGUUGAAUGGGCUCACUCUGUAGACGAAGCUCAGAUUAAAGCUAGAGUGGCAGCAGGUGUUUUGUUUACAUAUUUAAAUGAAGGAUCAACUGACACUGUUAUAAAAAGUGAUUUUGGAAAGGUUCCAUUGUUUGGCAGAGCAAGAUAGAAUCAUUAAUUACUGUAUAAUAUGUAAUAAACAAUAACCCACUCCUACCUGAAA